CGGCCCGCGAUGCCCCACUCCGUGACCCUGCGCGGGCCUUCGCCCUGGGGCUUCCGCUUGGUGGGGGGCCGAGACUUCAGCGCUCCCCUCACCAUCUCACGGGUCCAUGCUGGCAGUAAGGCUGCACUGGCCGCCCUGUGCCCAGGAGACCUGAUCCAGGCCAUCAAUGGUGAGAGCACAGAGCUCAUGACUCACCUGGAGGCACAGAACCGCAUCAAGGGCUGCCACGAUCACCUCACACUCUCCGUGAGCAGGCCCGAGGCCAGGAGCUGGCCCAUUGCCCCUGAUGACAGCAAGGCUCAGGCACACAGGAUCCACAUCGACCCUGAGGCCCAGGAUGGCAGUCCAGUGACCAGCAGGCGAUCCUCAGCCACCGGUAUUGGGCCAGAAGAUGGCAAAUCAGGCCUGGGAUCUUCGUAUGGGCAUCCACCUCGCCUUCCAGUCCCUUACAAUGGCAGCAGCAAUGAGGCCACUCUGCCAGCCCAUAUGAGCACCCUGCACGUGUCUCCACCCCCCAGCGCUGACCCAGCCAGAGGCCUCCCGUGGAGCCGGGACUGCAGAGUUGACCUGGGCUCGGAGGUGUACAGGAUGCUACGAGAGCCAGCCGAGCCAGCUGCCGCGGAGCCCAAGCAGUCAGGCUCUUUCCGCUACUUGCAGGGCAUGCUAGAGGCCGGUGAGGGCGGGGAGCGGCCUGGGCCCAGCGGCCCCCGGAACCUCAAACCCACGGCCGGCAAGCUGGGCGCUCCGCUGAGUGGCCUGCAGGGGCUGCCCGAGUGCACGCGCUGUGGCCACGGGAUCGUGGGCACCAUCGUCAAGGCCCGCGACAAGCUCUACCACCCCGAGUGCUUCAUGUGCAGCGACUGCGGCCUGAACCUCAAGCAGCGCGGUUACUUCUUUCUGGAUGAGCGGCUCUACUGCGAGAACCACGCCAAGGCUCGCGUCAAGCCGCCCGAGGGCUACGACGUGGUGGCAGUGUACCCCAACUCCAAGGUGGAACUCGUCUGAGCCGGAACCUCCCGUCCCUGCCCCUGCUUCUUUUAAUGUCCCCGCGCGGCCCGUGUAAAUAUGUGUUUCUG